GCCGCAAACAGUUCUGUGGGCGUCACUCGAGUCCGCUCGCCCUGGACUGCACUGGGCUCCUUCGUUGCCACGCCUUGCGGACCGGGCUUUGAGGUAACAGUUUGCAAACCGGGGGGUGGGGGGUGUAGUGGGGGACCCACCUCACCCCAACCAAACAACAAGUUUUAAAGUCCACGACCAGGGAUCCGUAGGCCACAGGUAGAAGGAAACGCUUUCAAAAGAGGAAGCUGAUCGAGAGGGAUGCGUGUUUGCUCCGACAGCUUUUACUGCUAAAUGUUUGGGCAUCCUGUAGAUCUUCAGCGAGUAGGUGUUUAGGCCGGUGUUUCCAUGCCAGAAUCCAGCAAUCUGAGGAACCGACUUUGGAUGGACAUGGAGCUGGACUGCCUUGAGGACUGAGCCUAGUCUGGGGAUUCACGGUUGACAGUAGAGCUGGUGGGCCGAAGGGAGUUUCCGUUCUCGUUGAGUGGUUCUACCAGGAUAUCAGAGAGACUCUCUGCCCCCCCAGCCCAUGGAAUCCAAACGUGGCUGGUCCUUCUCGAGUGCCAAGCUGUCUCAGAAGGACUGCAAAGCCAAGGCAUGCCCCGUGGAGAGUGGGACUAUGCUGGGGAACGUGGACAGGAUUGGAGAGGGAGGCAGCAAGGGCCUGAGGAAGAUGAGCUGCCAGGAGGUGGGAACGGCCAGCGAGCCGCGAGCCAGCCACCGCCGCUCCUCCAGCCUGUCCGCCUCCGAGUUCUGGCGGGCGCUGGAGCGGAGCGAGGGCCAGCAGCAGGGCAAGGGGCCGAGCGGCGUGGGGCUGGCUGAGAGCAUCCGGCGGCGGUGCACCAGUUUCGUCAAGCCGGGGAAGGUGGCGGCGGAGACUCUGGGCACGGAGCGGCCCGCGGCGAGGAGGCAGCCUGAGCACUGGAAGUCACUGGUGCUUCAGAAGAUCCAGUCGUUCGAGCAGAUCGUGAGGCAGCGACGCAGCGGUGGAAAGGGCGAGCAGCAACCGGCGACAGAAAGACCUGGGCUUGGGGCCCAGGCGCCUGUGGGAACUCCCAUGCCUGAACGGUGGGCGGACAAUCUGCCAGAGCCUGGGGCCCAGCCAGUGGAGGCAAGCCCUGAGGUCGGGCCCCAGCCAACCAAGGGAAGCCCUGAGGUCGGGCCCCAGCCAAUCAAGGGAAGCCCUGAUGUUGAGCCCCAGCCAAUCAAGGGAAGCCCUGAGGUCGGGCCCCAGCCAAUCAAGGGAAGCCCUGAGGUUGAGCCGCAGCUGGUGGAGGGAAGUCCCAAGGCCCAAUCCCUGGUAGAUGUGGACAGCCCGCUGGAUCGCGAACCACUGUCUCCCAUACCCCACUCCGACGAUGAGGCCUCGCUGUCAGACGAAUCUGUGCUAACGAUACAGAGCGAUGUGAGCCAGCUGGACAGGAGUUACUCCAUCAGCCUGGCAGAGCUCCGCGAGUGCGGCCUGGAGUCCCAGGACGACGCUCGGCUCGACCACUCCGCCUCGCUGGCAUCCAACAUGUCGUCCAUGUCCGUGGUCUCGCUCAUCCCCGCUGAGGAGCUCGACCGCCUGCUGGACGAGGUCAACUGCCUGGAGGAGGAGGCGCUGCAGUGCCCAGAAGAGGUCCGAGUGGUGGUCCUGCACAAGGAGGAGGGGGCAGGCCUCGGCUUUAGCAUGGCGGGUGGAGCGGACCACGAGAACAAGACGGUAACUGCUCACAAGGUGUUCCCGUACGGUCUGGCCGCCCAAGAGGGGACCAUUGAGCAGGGAGACGAGAUCCUGUCCAUCAAUGGAUACUCUCUCAAGGGCGUCACCCACAGCGAGGCCCUCUCCCACCUCCACAAGGCUCGGCCUUCGAAGCAAGCUAUCGUCGUGGUGCGGAAGGUGACCAGAGCAGAGAAAACGGCUGUUCACAGGGGUGCCAGUACCAGUAAUGAGCAUCAUGGUGACCAGGUGUCAGAGAACUUGGGAGAGUGUAUCACUGUGGAGCUGGAGAAAAAUAAUGCUGGCCUCGGCUUCAGCCUGGAUGGUGGAAAGGAUUCCAGUCAGGGGGAUCGACCCGUCACUAUCAAAAAGGUUUUUUCAGGUGGGAUAGCAGAACGCAGUGGUUUGAUCCAGCAGGGAGAUGAGCUGCUGCGGGUUAACGGAGAAGACUGUCGUGAUCGCACUUGUUACGAAGCUUGGAAUCUGAUCAAAUCGCAACCAGCAGGCCCAGUUAGGCUGGUGAUCCGGAAGAACCGGGAUGGAGUGUCUCAGGAACAGGUAUAGCAAGAGUUUGGGAUUCUACCCUGGGGGACAAGGAGUGAUUCCCCCACUGCCUUGACAGACGGGAUGGCUCUGUAGCAUCUCAGCAAAUCGAAGACCGUGACGACUGCAGCCGGGCAGGACUGACGCCUGCCCUGAGAUGGGGGUCAGCACGCAGUCAGACUGGACGACCCUCCACAGCUGCCCCAUGCUCUGGCCAAAUCUGGAGUCAUGUCUGCCAUCGGUCCUGCCCCGAGACAGAUCGACAGUUGGGGAUAAGUCCCAAUCAAUUCGAGAAGCGAGGGCACGAGUUCCCUUGGAGCUUCUAAUGCAAGUUGGUCCAGAGAAGAUUUUUGUUUCUGCUGGAAAAUUCUAAAGACUUUAUUUUGUUAACCAGAAAAUGAUGCAAGGACAAUCUAUAGUUAGUGUCACUCAAGUAAGCACAUGGGCUGGAGCCUCCAAUAUUAGAGAAGAGACCGCUAAGUUACGGUGAACAGCGUAUUAGUGUAACAGUGAGCAUAACAAUAUCACGGUGCUGGUGACCAGGUUCAGUGCUCGCCGCUGCCUGCAAGGAGUUGGUACGUUCAGCCCGUGACUGCGUGUGUUUCAUCUGGCUGCUCCUCCCUCAGCAGGUUAAUUGGCCACGUGGGUGAACUCGGGCAGCGCGGACGUGUUGGGCUGGAAGGGCCUGGUACUGUGCGGUAACUCUACGUGGAAGUAAAAGAGAUACGUUCUCAGUGGCAUAUGGCCUAGAGAGAGUGGAUAGUCAGUGCCUUUUCCCCUGGGCAGCAGCAGCUAAUGUGAGAGGUCACAGGUGAACGGAAGAGAGUAUCGAGGGGAUGUCAGGGGCAGGUUUUUCACACAGAGAGUGGCGAGUGUGUGGGAUGUGCAGAUACACUUAGGAGACUCUUAGAUAAAUGGAGGGCUAUGUGGGAGGAAAGGUUUAGAUUGAUCCUAGAGUAGGUUAAAGGGUUAGUGUGUGUGAGUGUAUGGAUGUGUGUGUGUGUGUAUGUGAGUGUGUGAGGUUUUCGUGUUCUCCCUGUUGCCAUGUGAGUCUCCCCUGGAUGUCUGGUUUCCUAUCACACCCCAAUGCCACACAGGAUCAGUGGGUUUAUCUAGAAUCUAGAAGGUUGAGGGAAGAUUUAAUAAAGGUUUACAAAAUUAUGAGGGGGUUGUCGUAGGGUAAAUGCCAGCUGGACUUUCUGACUGAGGUUGGGCGAGACUAGAUCUAAAGGCCAUGGGAGGAAGGGGAACUAUUUCACUCGGAGGGUGGUGAGAGUGCAGUGGAUGGGAGUCUGAUUUCAACAUUUAAAAGAAGUUUGGAUAAGGAUGUGAAUGGGAAGGAUAUGGAGGGUGAUGGUGGAUGGGACUAGGCAGAUUCACAGUUUCUGUGUUGUGACUCUGUGACCUGCUGGUGACUAGGGCUCCAUGGUCCAGGAUACGAAAGAUGAAUAGGUCAAUUGAUAAUCGGUAGAUCCAGCAUGCCGCCUAUACAGAUCAUUCCAGGCAUCACACACACACACACACACACACACUCUCUCUCUCUCUCUCUCUCUCUCUCAACAGCAUCAGUGGAAAAGAAUAAAACAGUUGAUGUUUCGGUUUACUUCUUCUGCCUGUCACGUCACCCCCUUCCCCACCCUCCUGGCUUCACCUGUCACCCUCUAGCUUGUCCUCCCCCCCCCCACCUUCUUAUUCUGGCAUCUUCCCCCUUCUUGCCCUCCACCAUCACAUCUCUGAAUCGACAAUGAGCACAGGAGCACUUCCUCACUAAAUUUUUCCUUCUACUUUAGCACGACUUAUUUAAUUUAAUUUUUAUAUAUUCUUAUUGUAACUUACCAUUUUUAUUGUUACGUAUGUACUGCUGCUGCAAAACAACAACAUUCACAGCAUGUGCCAGCGAUUUUAAAUCUGGCUUUGAUUCCUUCCCAGUCCUGAAGAAGGGUCUCGGCCUGGAACGUCGACUGUUUAUUCAUUUCCACAGGUGCUGCCUGACCUGCUGAGUUCCUCCAGCACUUUGUGUGUGUUGCUCUGAAUUCCCAGCGCAAUCUCUUGUGUUUAUAAGUACAUCGAGGUUCUUGCGAUCACAAGCCCCUGUUGGACAUUGUUAAUGUGGAUCGCUCCAAAUCCGAUUCACUGGUUUAUUGGCGAAUGACAGGGAGGCCGCAUGGCCUCAAUCAUGGCAAGGACAGGGCCUAAAACUACAGUGUCGCCUAUUUGCAGCCGACUAGGGAGAGGCGUCGGAGUUGUUACUCUCCACCAGAGUGCAGGAGGUGAUGUGGCGAGGUGUCCAUGCUGGAGCUGGUGCUGCCCUCUGGUGUUUGCUCGGCAGAAGACAAGCUGUAUUGUGUUUGACUGCAGACUGCUGCAACAUUCAUGGACUUGGGGACUAGGCCUAUAUACUUUUUGUGUAUUUUACUGCUGGCUUAUUUGUGCUAUGUGUGCCUUGUGCUGUGUGCUGAUGGUACUGUGUUUUUGCACCUUGGCCCUGAAGUAACACCGAUUUGUUUGGCAGUACUGUAUUCAUGUGUGGUUGAAUGAUAAUUAAACUUGAACUUGGCUGUACAAAGGGAACAGCAACAAUAGAAUGCAGAACGUUGUUAGAAAUUGCAGUGCAGGUAAACCAGACGAAAAGGCUACAAUGAGGUUGGCAGAGAAAUCUAGAGUUACAAGAGGUCCAUAGGAUCAGCUUAUAAACCUUUUGUAUAAUAAAGAUUAGACUUAAUUGUCACAAGUACAAUGCGUCAUUUGCAUCAACAACCAACGCAGUCCGAGGAUGCGCUGGGGGCAGCCUGCAAGUGUCGCCAUGUUUCUGGGGCCAACAUAGCAUGCCCACAACUUACCAACCCUAACCCGUACGACUUUGGAACGUUGGGAGGAAACCGGAGCACCCGGAGGAAACCCACGCGGUCACGCUGUGAAUGUACAAUGGCCACGAUUGAUCUUCCGAUUGCUGGCCCUGUAAAACGCUGCACUAACCACGACAUAACCAUGCCACCUCUUCUUAUAACAGCGAGAUCGAAGGUGUUCUUGAGGCUGAUAGUGCGUGUUCUCAAGCGUUUGUACCUUCUGCCCAGUGGAAGGGAGGGGAGAAUGACUGGUGUUGUGACUGUGAUCGAAGUCACCGGAGAGACACUGACACCGACGAUAUAGAGGUCUUUAUUCAUCACAACAAGCAGGCAUUCUUCUGGAAAUCCUCUCAGUAAAGUCUCACAAACCCAAAUUUUUAAACCCUUAAGGUCAAAGGUAACAGCAGGUGAGGCAAUGCAAUUUCAAUAGUUACAACAAUAUUGUUUAGUUCAAUGCUUUGGGUUUGCAAUCCUUCAUUUGAAUUGCAUGUCUACACCUCUGAAUGUUCAAACACCUUGGCUGGGACAAAAUAAUAACACAGAUAUUCAAAAAACUUCUGAAGCCAGAGAGCCAGACACCCAAAAUUAGUGUCUUUGUGCGUUGGCUUUCUGAGCACACAAUAGAUCAGCUAUCGAUUGCCUUUACCUGUGACCGUAUUUGAUACGUUAAGUGACAAUAUCCGUAGUCUGCCAGAUUGAAUUCAAGUCAUAAUGGUGCAAAUAACUUGCCCCACGUUGCCUGGUUCGAUGCAGGUCGGUUAACAUAACCCCAUUGUCUUAACGUUAGGCUGAAGCCAGUGUAAUUAUCUCAUGGUCACUGUAGGAGCCAUGCAUCUGUUUUCUACAAGCAUUGUAUCCUGUGUUUGCCGCUUAUUAUGUUUAUCAUGGUGGUUGGUCACAUGGGUGCAGGCGCGGUAAAAGCAAAGGGAAUAAGUUACACUUUGUUAUGGUCAUUUUGGUCCUGGAGUGUCAUAUCUUUUGUUGACCACUUAAUUUUGCUUAAUCUGCCUAAUUUCAUGCUAGUUACUAAUAAAGGAUUGAAUAUAUUUCUUCAACUUCAGAAUCAAAAUCAGGUUUAUUAACAGCAGCAUGUGUGGUGAAACUUUGUGGAACAUUAUUAUUGGAGUGGUCAGAGGGGGCGCCAUGCAAGAUAACUCCCCGUGUGGUUACCAGCAGCGGUAUUGGUUUGUUAGAAUAGCCUCUGCCAACAAAAUACAUCGACAGAAUGAACAUCAACAUUUGGCUGUGUCCUCGAAAUCAGAGGCACUUCAGCCAGGGGAAGAAACAACCUUUCAUUGAUUCAUGCUGUGUGUUUGUGUCUAGAACAUAGCGUGGAAUGGUCAUCACUGACCAUAAGCUCUAUAGUGUGGUGUUUGCCUGAGAGUUCAGCACUUGGUUCUGUUGAAAUGCUGAAAUAUUUCAGCUGCCAAAAUCUGAAGUGAAUGCCGCUGUUUUGUCUGGAAAACAACAUGAAUCAAGCUGGAAGCAGUGACUUUGAAGUCAGGACUAAAAGAGAAAUUAAACUUA